GAACUCGGCGGAGGUGGAGUGGCACGCUCGCCGGCCUGGACUCUCUGGCUCUCGAUAAACAGACUCUGCAUCGGACUCUGCUCGCACAGCACAUAGUUGUAGCACCAGACUCUGUUCGUGCGCGGCUCGACCGCAUCACUGUUGCGCGUGUGCUUGUGUUUUUUUGCCGGUCGGGUGCGGACUGCGCUCGUCGUCGUCGUCAUCCCACGCACGGAACCGUCUGACAGAAGCCACGACGAUGCAGCAGCCGCCGCAGCAGUUCUGCUUGCGCUGGAAUAAUUACCAGAGCAACCUGACCAACGUCUUCGACCAGUUGCUGCAAAGCGAGUCGUUCGUGGACGUGACGCUGGCCUGCGAGGGACACAGCGUCAAGGCGCACAAGAUGGUGUUGUCGGCUUGCAGCCCGUACUUCCAGGCGCUCUUCUUCGACAACCCCUGUCAGCACCCCAUCGUCAUCCUGAAGGACAUCAAGUGGCCCGAACUGAAAGCCGCCGUCGAAUUCAUGUACAAGGGCGAGAUCAACGUGUCGCAAGAGCAGAUAGGCCCACUGCUCAAAGUGGCAGAGUCGCUCAAGAUCCGCGGCCUGGCGGACGUGGGCAGCGGCGGCGGCGGUGGCGGCGGAGGCGGCGGCGGGGGCGGAGGCAGCUCUGGAAGCUGCGAACCGGAGGCGAACGGCGGCGACGCGCCGGGCGGCGCCGGUUCGGUAUCUCCGUCCUCGACGCCGCAGCCACCGGCGACGCCGACGUCGCUGGCGCACGCGGCCGCCUGCAAGAAGCCGUGGGACCUGUCCGCCGAAGGCUGCCUGGCGUCCUCGCCGGGGCAGCGCGGCGCGCACACGCACCCGACGCAGGCCAAGAAGCGGCGGCGGACCUUCUAG